CCAGCCAGAGAGGAGAGAGAGAGAGCUACACCCAGAGAACAGUGACAAGCAAGGCCUGUGCAGCAAAUAUCUUCACUUGCACAUCCCAUGGCAGACGAGCUAGCCACAUACAGCAGCUCGGGACAGCGGCAAGGCUCUCUCCUACCCAUCGCAGCCAACGGAGGCGCAAAGCCAAAGGUCGCCUACUUCUAUGACUCCGACGUCGGCAACUACGCCUACGGUGCCGGCCAUCCUAUGAAACCCCAUCGUAUCCGUAUGGCUCAUGCGCUCAUCAUGAACUAUGGUCUCUACAAGAAGAUGGAAAUCUACCGCGCGAAACCAGCAACGAAGCAGGAAAUGUGCCAGUUCCACACCGAUGAGUAUGUUGAGUUCCUCAGCAGAGUCACGCCAGAGAACAUGGAGAACUUUGCCAAGGAGCAAGGAAAAUUCAACGUCGGCGACGACUGUCCCGUGUUCGACGGACUCUUUGAGUUUUGCGGCAUCAGCGGCGGCGGUUCGAUGGAAGGUGCUGCACGGCUAAAUCGUGGCAAGUGCGACAUAGCCCUCAACUGGGCCGGUGGUCUGCAUCACGCCAAAAAGUUUGAGGCAUCCGGCUUUUGCUACAUCAAUGAUAUCGUGCUUGGCAUCAUCGAACUACUGCGCUACUAUGCCCGCGUCUUGUAUAUUGAUAUCGACGUACACCACGGCGAUGGUGUGGAGGAGGCAUUCUACACAACAGACAGAGUCAUGACUUGCUCCUUCCACAAGUACGGCGAGUACUUCCCAGGCACCGGCGAAUUGCGCGAUAUCGGCGCAGGCAAGGGCAAGAUGUACUCCGUCAAUGUACCGUUGCGCGAUGGUAUCACGGAUGAGACGUAUGCCAGCGUCUUUGAACCCACCAUUCAAGCAAUCAUGGACCAUUAUCGACCUGGUGCUGUUGUGCUGCAGUGCGGUGCUGAUUCCCUUUCCGGCGACAGACUCGGCUGCUUUAACCUCUCCAUGAAGGGUCACGCUGCGUGUGUGGCUUUUGUCAAGAAAUUCAACUUGCCAACCUUGAUCCUUGGUGGUGGUGGCUACACGAUGCGCAAUGUAUCACGGACGUGGACAUAUGAAACGGGUUUGCUGGUCGGUCAAGAGCCAGAGGGCAAUAUUCCCUACAACGACUACUACGAGUACUUUGGCCCAGACUACAAGCUUGACGUGCGGCCAAACAAUAUGGAGAAUAUGAACUCGCGCGAAUACCUCGAUAAGAUACUGACGCAGGUCAAGGAGAAUCUGAGACAUACGGCGUUUGCACCAAGUGUACAGAUGCAAGAUGUGCCGCGUGAUGUCGACUACGACUCGGAUGCGGAUGAAGAUGACAAGGACCCUAAUGCGAGAAAGGCCAAUGGCAAGGCGCAGCGGGACGACGAAUUCGAUGAGAGCGACGAUGAAGGUGCUAAAGCAUAGGAACUCAGUGGAUCGCUAUCCGUGUACCAUAAUAUAACCAUUUCUGUGUGGAGCAACUGUGCAAAAAUGAGUGA